AUGGACAGGCGGGCUGCUGAUGCCCCGAGCGCUGGUUGCAUCGUUUCUGGGCUGAUCUCGGAGAACGUGAUAAAGCACGGAGUGGUGCAAUGUUUCCCCUUAGUACUGGCGCAGACCGUCCCGCACAUCAUCAACGGUCUGCGUUUCGGGGUCUGUACCGGAGGAGGCGUUAAAGGCAGACACACGGGGACAGAGGACGGCAAGGCAGGGCACGGAGGAAACACAAGCCACGGACCAAACCAACACAUUCGUCCAAAGCGACCGCUCAUGUGUACAAGUGAGAGUACUCUGGGAUGA